AUGUCGUGGAUAACAAAAGUUUCUGAUCUAGCUGGGAAGGCUGAGGAUCUUUUGAAUCGUCUCGAUCAAACCACCAGUGAAGCCAUUCAAAACCAGAAGGCUCGCACGAACACUUCGAAGCCCGCACGAAGCAGCUCUUACGCUCAUUUGAAGAAUGAUGAAGGUGAUGGCGAAGUUCAUACAGAAGAGAUGGGUCGCAGUGGACCAUCACUUCCAUCACGAACCCAUUCAGAAUUUGCUGCAGGUGCUGCUCCUGGACGCAAGCGAAUUCAUGAGAGUUUCAUUCCAUCGACUUCUGUGGUCAGUGAGCGCGAAAGACGAGACGACGAAUUAAUUGCGAUGCUCAACGAUGAAAUAGGCAAUGACGCCGACGACACUCGAAGUCGCCGAUCAAGUGGCCGCAGUGUGUUGUCUGUUCAGACAACACAAAGCAUAGCUUCU